GUGUGUGUGGAGUAAGGGGGGGAACAUUUUUUACCUCUUUCUACAAAGUUCCGUUUCGAGCAUUUUCUAUGUUCGGAGAAUAAACGCAGGAGCACCGCCAGAGGUUUCUAGAAGCAGCAGCGUGCAGCGGACAUCCACCGGCUGACUGACAGACAGCGAGACCUCCUGCAUUAGGCUUCGCUCCGCUUUCAAAAUUCUAUUAUAAUUAUUAUUUAUCUGCACACAUGGCAAAGUGGGGAGAAGGAGACCCUCGCUGGAUCGUUGAGGAGAGAGCCGAUGCAACGAAUGUCAACAAUUGGCACUGGACUGAAAGAGAUGCAACAAACUGGUCUUCAGAUAAACUGAAGUCUCUGCUGCUCGGGCUGAGCGUGGAGGACGACGAGGGAGCGUGCGAAGUGACGGAAGUCAGCAAGUUGGAAGGAGAGGCCUCGAUUAACAACCGCAAAGGGAAACUUAUUUUCUUCUAUGAAUGGAACCUAAAAGCGACCUGGACUGGAAAGUCGAAAACCGGAGUAAAAUACAAAGGUUCUAUCGAAGUUCCAAACUUGUCCGAUGAGAAUGACAUGGAGGAUCUCGAUAUUUCCAUUUCGUUGAACAAGGAUGAGCCCGACACGCCCCUGGUCCACCUGAUGAAAACUAAAGGAGCAGAGAAAAUCCGGGAGGCUCUGGGGAGUUACGUUGGCUUUUUGAAAACAGAAUUCACGCAAGGGAUGAUCCUGCCUACCGCUAACGGCGUGGCCAAGCCUCAGUCCGCUUCUCAGUCCAAAGCCAAGCAGGACAAAACUCAGGUUUCCUCAGGAAGCAGCACGGCAGCUCCCGUCAACACUGGUGUCAAAAUCCCCACCUGUAAAUUCACCAUCAGAGACACGUUUCUCACCUCACCAGCUGAACUCUACAGAGUCUUUCUCAACCAGGAGAUGGUCCAGGCGUUCACACGCAGUCCUGCGACGGUGGAUGGAGAGAGGGGUGGAAAGUUUCGCCUGCUAGAAGGAAACGUCUUUGGGGAAUUCACGGAGCUGGUACCCGAUGAGAAAAUAGUAAUGAAGUGGAGGUUUAACAACUGGCCCUGUGAGCAUUACGCCACCAUCACCCUGAUGUUCCUGGACCGGAGCAGCGAGACGGAGCUGAAGGUGGAGUGCAGAGGCGUCCCCAACAGCGAGGAGGAGCAGACGAAAGGCGGCUGGAAGAGAUACUACUUUGAAGCUAUCAAACAGACUUUUGGCUAUGGAGCACGACUUUUCUGAAGAAGCUGUACUGUAAUAACUUGUUUUUUGUUUUGUUUUUUUUGUUUUGUUGUUUUUUUUGUAUUUCUCCCUCGCCCCCACCUCGCCCCCUCCCCCAGCCCUCUCUCUGUUUUUUGGCACAGAACAGCUUUACACUCGUAGGACGAGUUAAUGAAACAAACGACUCAGUCGCUGUACGUGUAAAAGUUUUAAUCGCUGGAAAUAUUUAAUUCUUGAGGGGUAUUUUUUUUUUUCCCGCGCCGGUGUUCGGGUCGGUUCUCGAAAAAGAGCGUAGGCGGACCAUGCCUUCCGGGGCCGAAUAGGAAACGUGUCGGACAAAAGAGGAAUCCGGUGAACCACUUCCAAUUGGCAUCGGCUUCAGUUCGCGAAGAAGCCAAAACAGUUAAAAAAUGGUUUAUUUUGUAUGUAUUUUAUCUUUUUUGAGUCAUUGUAGUAAAGUUGGUAUGAACUAAGAUGCAUGUCUCAUUUAAAAAAUGUUGAUGGUGGGGGGUGGAGGUUUUGAGCUCAGACAGUGUAUUACAGCCUCAUCCGGUGAGUUUGUGUUCAUGUACAUUAGAGGACCAGCAUCAGUGAGACUUGAAGCUGGAACAUUAAAACUAAUGUUUGUCAGCGUCAGUUUUUUUGGGGUUUUUUGUUUUUUUUUGUUUUU